AUGGCGGGACACGAUGGUAUCGGUGUUGGGGAUUUCGUCCUUUUGGACGAAAUCACAACAGAAAAGUUUAUACAAAAUCUUCAUAAAAGAUUUUCCAGCGGUAGGAUAUACACGUACAUCGGUGAAGUUUGCAUAAGCGUUAAUCCGUACAGUGCGAAAAACAUAUAUGGACCGGAAACGGUCGCUCAAUACAGCGGAAGGGAAAUGUUUGAAAAUCCACCUCACAUAUUCGCAAUCGCUGAUUCCGCCCACAAAAUCAUGAAACAACAAGUCAAAGACACCUGCAUUGUCAUAAGCGGAGAAUCAGGUUCUGGAAAAACGGAAGCGAGUAAAAUCAUAAUGAAAUACAUUGCAGCCGUUACGAAUGUGGCGGGUCGUCAAGAAAUCGAAAGGGUUAAAAACGUUCUCCUUCAAUCGAACGCAGUUUUAGAAGCAUUUGGAAAUGCUAAAACAAACAGAAACGACAAUUCUUCAAGAUUUGGAAAAUACAUGGACAUAAAUUUCGAUUUUAAAGGUGAUCCCAUCGGGGGACAUAUAAAUAAUUACCUGUUAGAAAAAAGUAGAGUCGUUCUUCAACAAUUGGGCGAAAGAAAUUUUCAUAGUUUUUAUCAGCUUUUGAGUGGAUGCAGUGACGGGGAUUUAAAAAAUUACGGAUUGUCAAGAGAUCCCGAACAUUAUUAUUAUACGAAACAAGGAGGUGCGAACAAAGUGGAAGCCAUAAGCGAUAAAAGAGAUCACAAAGUUGUUUUGAAUGCAAUGAAAGCGUUAGAUUUUAGUCAAGAAGAAAUAGACACGGUUUGGAAAAUAGUCGCCGCCAUAUUACAUUUAGGUAACUUGACGUUCAAAGAAGAAGAAGAUUCGAUAAGAAUAAUCGAAACUGAUCUCGUGGAAAUCGUAUCGAAAUUGUUAAAUGUCGAAGUGGAAGAAUUGCAGACGGCUUUGAGAAAACGAGUCAUCGCCGCCAAAGGAGAAAUUAUGGAGAAAAAUUUAACGCUGUCGGAGGGGAAAUUCGUGGCGGAUGCUUUGGCCAAGGCGAUUUACGACAGGUUGUUCACGUGGAUCGUGAAAAAAGUCAACAGUGCGAUAAACACGGAGAAGUCUUCGGGUUACAGGACGGUUCAAGGAACGGUAAUCGGUGUUUUGGACAUUUACGGUUUCGAAAUAUUCGAAGUCAAUUCGUUUGAACAAUUUUGCAUAAAUUAUUGCAACGAAAAACUUCAGCAAUUGUUUAUAGAAUUGGUUUUGAAACAAGAACAAGAAGAAUAUUUAAGAGAAGGGAUCGAAUGGACAAACAUUGAAUAUUUCAAUAAUAAAACGAUAUGCGAAUUGGUCGAACAACCACACAAGGGAAUAUUGGCAAUCUUGGAUGAAGCGUGUCUCAACGUCGGGAAAAUAACAGAUGAGCUUUUGUUGGAAGCCAUGGACAAACAAUUGGCUUCACAUUCUCAUUACGCUUCGAGACAACUCAAACCCAUGGACAAAACGUUAAAACACAAAAUAGAAUUCAGGAUAGUACAUUACGCGGGCGACGUGACUUACAACAUAAACGGUUUUUUGGAAAAGAACAAAGACACGCUGUUUCAAGAUUUGAAAAGGCUCAUGUUCAAUUCGAAAAAUCAAACCGUGAGCAGCAUGUGGCCGGAGGGAGAAAUGGACAUCACAAAGACGACGAAAAGACCACUGACGGCGGGCUCUCUAUUUCGUAAUUCUAUGAUCGCUCUGGUCAAAACACUCACGAGCAAGGAACCCUUUUACGUACGUUGCAUAAAACCGAACGAAAUCAAAUCCGCGAGCGUUUUCGAUCACGACAGAGUCGAACAUCAGGUUCGAUAUUUGGGUUUGGUAGAAAACGUUCGGGUGAGAAGAGCCGGAUUCGCUUACCGUCAAAGAUACGAUAGAUUUCUUAAAAGGUAUAAAAUGAUCUCUACUUACACUUGGCCUAAUUUUCGUGGCGAUUCGGAUAAAGAAGCCGUUCAAGUGUUGUUAGAAAGCGUCGGUUUUCACAACGAUGUAAAAUAUGGUAAGACGAAAGUAUUUAUAAGGUCUCCGAGAACACUUUUCGCAUUAGAAAAGGCCAGAAGCGAUUUAAUACCAUCGAUCGUUAUAUUAUUACAAAAACAAUGGCGCGGUGCUCUCUGCAGGUUCAGGUACAAAAAAUUAAAAGCUGCCUAUCACAUAAUGAUUUAUUUCAAAAAUUACAAGAGGAGAGAAUACAUUAACGAAUUGCAAAGAACUUUUAAAAAUGCGGGAAAUUUGAAAGAUUACGGGAAAAAUUUGCCAUGGCCACCUGCUCCGAUUUGCGUUCAGAAAGCCGUUCCCUCAUUGAAAAAAAUGUACAACAGAUGGCGAGCGUGGAUGAUUUUAAGAAAAAUACCCAGAGAAGAUUGGCCACAAUUACGUUUGAAAAUGUCUGCUGCUAGCGCGUUACGGGGCAAACGGCAAACGUGGGGACAAUCGAGAAAAUGGGAAGGAAAUUAUUUGAGUCAAUCGUCGGAAAAUCCAAAAUCUUCCGUGUUCACGAUAAGCACGAACAAUUUGAAAAACACGGAUCAUUUUCAAAACGUUUUGUUUUCCUCGUUUGUUCACAAAACGAACAAACAUCAUAAGAACGCGGAUCGAGCUCUUUUAAUCACCGACGAUCAAAUAUACAAAAUCGACACGACAAAAUUCAAACCCAUGAAAAAAGGGAUAAACAUAACGCAGGUUACCGGAAUUAGUUUGAGUCCUGGAGCGGAUCAAUUGAUCGUCAUACAUUCUGAUUCCGGAAACGAUUUGGUUCUUUCGCUUUAUUUGAAUCAAAUGAAAGAGGAUUUGGUCGGGGAAUUGUUGGGUGUUUUGUUAUCCAGAUAUCAUCAGUUGAAAAAUUCCGAUAUACCCGUGACGGUGAGCAGUAAAUUUCAAUGUUCUCUCGGUAAGAAAACAAAAUCGUUGACGUUGGAAACGAGCAUGGAAACGACGGAACCUGAAUUUCAUUCUCACGGCGACACGAUCGUGUACAAACUUCCGUCGUCGUAUUCCGUGCCAAACAGUCCGUUGAAAAACGGAAGUUGA